UGUGAAGGUGAAGUAGUUGAUGAAUCAGUUGAUCACUUUGUUUUCUUCUUUAAUAGUUGACUAAAACCAAAAAAAAUUGGAAAAAUCAAACUUAGAACCAAAUAUUUCCUUGAACAAACAAGGUGAUGAAUAAGCUAAUAAUAGAUCCUGGAGCAGAAAAUGCUCAAAAAUGGAAUCAUAUUUUCUUCAUAUCAAUGAUGGUUUCUCUCUUCAUUGACCCUCUUUUCUUCUUCUCACCAAAAGUGAGAGUUCAACAAGAUCAUUUAUGUGUUGAAAAUGACACUACUCUUGAUACAACUUUCAUCAUCUUACGUUCUGUCAAUGAUGUUUUUUACUGGCUUCAUAUAUUGUUUCAGUUUCGAACUGCUUAUGUAGCUCCUUCUUCUCGUGUCUUUGGCAUAGGAGAGCUCAUCAUUGAUCCUACGCAUAUCGCGUUAAGGUAUCUUAACAAGGCCUUCUGGAUGGAUUUCGUUGCUGCUUUGCCUAUUCCUCAGGUUCUGGUGUGGGCAGUUAUACCAAAUGUGGAAGGGUCAAUAAUUUGGGAUCCAAAGAUUGUGUUAAGAUUCAUCAUAUUCUUCCAGUACUUGUUUAGACUUUACCGCAUAUAUCCGCUAUCGAUUCAAGCUAUGAAUGCCACUGGUGUUGUUUCUGAAACUAUUUGGUUGAGGGCUGCUCUUGAUCUGUUACUCUUCUAUGUGGCAAGCCAUAUUUCAGGUGCAUGCUGGUACUUAUUUACAAUAGAGAGACAAGAAGAAUGCUGGAAGAGUGUGUGUGAUCAAGAAAGAAAUUCUUGUGGCUAUGAAGUCUUUGACUGUAGAAGGGGCUCGUUCGUGUCAAGCAAUGCCACAAGACUGUGUGAUCCAGAUAGUGGCUAUUAUCAAUUCGGUAUAUACACUCUUGGAGUAACAACUGGUGCUUCAUCAUCUCCUUUUAUAUACAAGUACAGUUUUGCUCUCUGGAUUGGACUGCAGGCAAUCUGCUCAACAGGACAGACACUAGUGCCAAGCAUAUACAUUUCAGAAAACAUCUACUGUGUCAUAGUCGGGACGCUUGGACUCCUUUUCUUGGCAUCACUCAUUACAAAUAUGCAAAGGAACUUGCUAUCUAUUACUGCAAGAUUAGAAGAGUGGCGACUCAAAAGAAAUGACAUCGAAGAAUGGAUGCAACACAGACAACUACCUCCAGAGCUAAAGCAACAUGUGCAGAGAUGUGACCGAAACAAGUGGUUGGCUACUAGAGGAGUUGAUGAAAAAUCUCUGCUCACUGCCUUUCCUGGUGAACUUCAAAGAGAAGUCAAACGCCAUUUGUGCCUCAACCUUGUCCGUCAAGUACCAGUUUUUGACCAAAUGGAUGAGUUGACACUAGAUGUGAUAUGUGAAAGAUUAGAGCCUGCCCAUUACACUGAAGGCACAUUCCUUGUACGUGAAGGUGACCCUGUGAGUGAAAUAUCUUUCAUUAUUCGCGGUCAACUUGAUUCCUACACCACAGAUGGUGGCCGAACUGGGUUCUUCAGUUCUUCUCAAAUCAGUCAUGGUGGUUUCUGUGGUGAGGAACUGCUCAUAUGGGUACUUGAUUCAUGUCCUGAUGACACACAAAACCUAUAG